AUCAUGUCUCGUUUUAGUGGAGCAUUGCAAUUAACUGAUUUGGAUGAUUUUAUUACACCAUCUCAGGAAUGUAUAAAACCAGUACCAAUCGAGAAGACCAAAACAAAGACUGGUGCAAAAAUAUCCAUUCAAGAAGAUGGCUAUUAUGAAGAAACCGAGGCUGGAAAACAAAAAUUACAAAAAGUCGAAAUAACACUACAAGAUUGCCUGGCCUGUUCGGGUUGUAUUACAUCGGCUGAAGGCGUUCUAAUUACCCAACAAAGCCAAGAUGAAGUUAUGAAAGUGCUGAAGGAAAAUCAUGAAUUGAAAGCAAAUGAAAGCACUUCUCAUCAAGCUAAACUUAUUGUAUUUACAGUAAGUCAACAACCAAUUGUAAGUUUAGCACAACGUUAUGGUCUACCGGUAGAAAAGGCGGCAGAACAUUUUUGUGGUUAUCUGCGGCAGCUGGGUGCCGAUUAUGUUCUAACAACAAAAGUUGCUGAUGAUUUGGCAUUAUUGGAAUGUCGAAAUGAAUUCAUAGAACGUUUUCGUGAUAAUGCACCCGAUAAACCGUUUCCAAUGUUAUCCUCAUCAUGUCCCGGUUGGGUAUGUUAUGCUGAGAAGACACAUGGCAACUUUAUAUUGCCAUAUAUUUCGACAACACGUUCACCCCAACAGAUUAUGGGAGUUUUGGCCAAACAAUUACUUGGUCAAAAGUUGAAUAUUUCUCCCGAGAAAAUAUAUCACAUAACAAUAAUGCCUUGUUAUGAUAAGAAACUGGAGGCAUCACGUUCAGAUUUCUUCGAUGAGGCAUUAAAUAGUAAGGAUGUUGAUUGUGUUAUAACAUCAAUUGAAAUAGAACAAAUGUUAGAUGACAAAUCAUUGGAUAGCUUUCCAUGUGCCGCAUAUGAUUGGCCCUGGGGAGAUGCCAAUGCAAAUGAUGGGACACAUGUAUGGGCUCAUGGUCUAAGCACAUCUGGAGGCUAUGCUGAAUAUGUGUUUCCACAGGCAGCUAAAGAACUAUUUAAUGUGGAUGUAAAUACAGUGGAAUUUAAGACAUUGAGAAAUCCCGAUUUUCGUGAAGUCUCAUUGGAUGUCGACGGCAAGACAAUUCUUAAAUUUGCCAUUGCUAAUGGUUUUCGAAAUAUCCAAAAUUUAGUACAAAAACUGAAAAGAGGCAAGGUGCAAUAUCAUUUUGUCGAAGUGAUGGCAUGUCCUUCAGGUUGCAUAAAUGGUGGCGCACAAAUUCGCCCACCCACAGGACAACAUAUACGCGAUUUAACGAUGCAGCUUGAAAAGUUAUACCGCGAAUUACCACAAUCCCAGCCAAACAAUGCAACGACGAAAACCAUUUAUAAUAACUUUUUUGAUGGUUCCCAUUCCGAUAAGGCAAAAGUUUUACUGCAUACCAACUAUCAUGCUGUUGAAAAAAUGAAUACAGCAUUAAAUAUAAAAUGGUGA